AAGCCCUUGCUCCCGCUGCGGGGAGGAGAGUCUGCUGCCGAUAAGAUGGCGGACGGGGAGCUGAACGUGGACAGCCUCAUCACCCGCCUGCUGGAGGGCUGUAUUUGCCGCAGCUUUACAGCAUCUUCUGCUUUGCUGACCAGAAACCAUAUUAAUUAUGGAGUCAAAGGGGAUGUGGCGGUUAUUCGGAUUAACUCACCCAAUUCUAAGGUAAAUACAUUGAAUAAAGAAGUACAAGCAGAGUUUGCAGAAGUUAUGAAUGAAAUCUGGGCCAAUGACCAAAUCAGAAGUGCUGUCCUUAAUUCAUCAAAGCCCGGCUGCUUUGUCGCAGGUGCUGAUAUCAACAUGCUAGCCUCUUGUACAACUCCGCAAGAAGCAACACGAAUAUCACAGGAAGGACAGAGAAUGUUUGAGAAACUUGAAAAGUCCUCAAAGCCCGUUGUAGCCGCCAUCAGUGGAUCCUGCUUGGGAGGAGGACUUGAGCUCGCCUUAGCAUGCCAAUACAGAGUAGCAACAAAGGACAAAAAAACAGUAUUGGGCGUCCCUGAAGUGUUACUGGGACUCUUACCAGGAGCUGGAGGUACCCAGAGACUGCCCAAAAUGGUGGGUGUUCCUGCUGCGUUUGACAUGAUGCUGACUGGUAGAAACAUUCGUGCAGACAGAGCAAAGAAAAUGGGAUUGGUUGACCAGUUGGUGGAACCCCUGGGUGAUCGCCACAGCCUUGCUGAGCCUUUUACAACGCUGCUCCAUCACAGAGGCUAAGGCACGCCUGGCUGCAGCUCCUUCCGUCUAUGAGGUUAUCAGGAGCGCCCUCUCUGGGCCGGGUCAGAAGCGUACCACCCGAGCACUUGCGGACCCAACAGCCUAUAGUGCAGUAAAUUGAUGUUUCUGGGACCGUGAAGAGCCUCUGCCAUCGGUCCAGUCCCACGAAGACUUGUGCCAGCGAUACACGUGGUGGUGGGACAA